AUGAGGGAGGCUUUAGCAGGGGUGUGGUUGUGGUGUGCUUCAACAGCGCGAGGGUUAGAAAGCCGAGAGAAUGUGAGAGAGCGAAUGAGAGAAAGACUGAAUGAUAUGGCAGUUGGAAUUAUGUCAUGGUUGCCUCCGGAGUCUCUAAAAAGAUUCAAGCUCGUCAUUAGCAUUACGUCUAUAGAUGAAGAUGAUUAUGAUGAGAAUGAUCUGUAUAAAGCUGAGGUAUUCACGUUGAGUACUAAAAAUGUGGAUAAUCUCUACUUUCCACGUUCUAAAUACCAAGUGGUGUACUGUCAUGGAGUUUGUUAUUGGUACUUUUGGCAUGAGGCUUGCAUUGUUUCUUUUGAUGUUAGUGAAGAGGUAUUUCAGAUCAUACCAUUUCCAGAAAAUGCCCUGGACGCAGAGGAAGAAUGGGAAUCACUCAAUGAACGAACAAACAUUGUUGUUUGGAACGAUCGUCUUGUUCUAUUUUUCUAUCCUGAGUUGGAUCCAAUGGUUAUUGAUAUGUUAUGUGGGUUAUGGAUGCCUCUUCUUGUGGUUUUUGUGGCUCUUGUUCUUGGUCUAAAUAUCUAA